GACUAUGGCAACCACUGAACCUACUUCAAUGAGCACCACUAGUGCUGAGCCAAGCACUGAACCUACUACAAAACAUACCACUGAACCUACCACGAAACCUAUAACAACAGAAGGGACUACAACCUUGCAGUCGACUACACAAGAAUCGUGUCCUGAAAUGAUCGUGUUUCGCCAUUCGUACUUCGCUCGUGGAAUCGACCUGGUAAAUGUGUUAGUUGCCAGUGAAGAGGCCUGCCAUCAGCUGUGCAUUGGUACCCCAUUGUGCGGAAUAGGGACGUUUCAUAUUAGAACACGAGGCUGCUACCUCUCGGAGCACGUAAGGAUGACAGGUCGUGAAUUUGGCUGGUCGGCGUUCAUAAAGUCAGACCGAUGCAAGUGUGAAAUGGUGGAGUACAGAGACUUUUCUUUCACCUUUGAUGAAGGAAAUCUUUUGGGUCUGUUGAGAUUCUUAAAGGCAUACAAUGCGAGUUGACCUUUAUAUAAUUAAACAUUAAUUUCCCUGUAAAUUUCAGCUGGUUUCUGUUUAUCACCACGGUUAUUUAAAACCACGAUCUACUAUAUAAAAACACAUUUUGAGUUCUUAAUGACUAAAUUACGUUACUCGUGAAAUCCACCAUGAUCAGAAUGGCUGAAAAGGUAGAAACUUUGAACCUAAAAAAACUUCUUCAUAAAUUGUAAUAUUAUUAUCACCUUUAGAUAUACCUUGGU